AUGCCAAGGGGUCGUCCGACGCAGUGGCAGUUGGUGGUGCCAUGGCUACACUCGCGGCAGCUCGUCACCCUACCAGCUGUCAACAGACGGUUACUGCAGUAUUGGGUGGAGAACGUCAGUCAAAUCAUGACGCUGAACCCGGAAAACAAUCCAAUGUCCUUUCCCAUUGUCCAGCAACUGGACGACUCUGAGGCCCUGGUCCAUGCCUUACAGAGUGUCUCCGCUGGGCAUGAAUGUUUCUACGACCUGAGCGCGUUGUCCACGUCCUUAGAGGAGCGGGGCAAGGCACUGUGCACGAUCCGAAAGGAGAUACAAUCAACGACUGCCAUCCGUUUACAGUCUUUCCUUGCCGUCUGGAUGCUUGGAUUCUCGUCGCAAUGGAUCAAUAACGACAUCCAUGACUUCGGCCAAGAACACCUGAUGGCUGCUCGAAGUAUUCUAGAAGGCCUGCUUCUGCAGAGAGAUUUUGGGCCAGACCAUCCCUUUCGGCCUCUGGUUAUCGGCGCGUAUCUGUGGUGGGACAUGGCGUGCUCAUUCUUGGUGCAUUCAUCCGAACAAACUGCAAUAGACACGGCACAAGUAUGUGCAGCUGUUACCUCUGUUAGAGGUAAGUUUUGUGCCUUGGUGAGUCACGCCACCGAGCUAUUCUACUACCUCUGCUGUCUUGGCCGGUAUUGCCGUGCAUUAGUGGACACAGGGAGUAAGAACCAGGCAUUUGAAGACUACAUUGAACAGGAGCUGUUGAUGUGGGAUAACCGUGCAGACGGGAAGACAUUACAUCUUUUGAAUGAGGCUUUUCGGUUACAUGGCAUAAUCAUGCUCCGCAGGAUAUGUCAGUCAGUCGAUAACGAUAACGAGCGAUACAUUCGCAGUUGUGUCAUCGCUUUGCUGGACAAUAUCUCCAAGAUCGGCACCAAAGAUCCCGUAUUCAAAUUUACGACUAUCCCACUGGUUUCAGCUGGGGCAGAACUGACCAGUCAAGACCAGCAGCUACGAACACGGGUGACUGAAUGGAAUGCUGUCAUUUACUCUUACAAUCGUCUUCUCACUAACACGCGGGUGACGACGUUACUGCUGGAUCUUUGGAGCAGGAAAGAUGCUGGACAACCGACUGACUGGCUUCGCCUGAUGCUGGAAAAUGGCUGGCUUCUAAUGCUUGGCUGA